CUGGACAGGAUUGUUGUGUUUGGGGAGAAACAACAAAAGCGAAAAAUAAACCCCGCACAUAAAUAUUUUAUGAAAUGUUUAUUUUGUCAUUUUAUUGUUAAUUUAUUAAAUUUACUUUCAGAAAACAUGUCAGCUAUAGGAGGCAGUGAAAAUACGAACUUUUUGGAUUUGUUGAAUAAAUUUGAGAAACUGUCAGGGAGGCCUUCUCUGAGAGCAUCAGGCUCUAAGAAGAGAGUACGGUGGCUGCCGACUAGGAGAAACUUCAGUCAACCAUGCCCAAGCCUCAGGAUCCCUAACAGGUUUUUAAGAGAAGGUAACCGCCCACCCCCUGCUCGGAGCGGACACCGCUGUGUUGCAGACAAUGCUAACCUGUACGUGUUUGGAGGGUACAAUCCAGACUUUGACGAGUCGGGAGGAUCUGAAAAUGAAGACUACCCCUUGUUUAGGGAGCUCUGGAGGUAUCACUUUGCAACUGGAACAUGGCAGCAAAUGAGAACAGAAGGGUACAUGCCCAGAGAGCUAGCGUCCAUGUCAGCUGUUUUACAUGGAAACAACUUGCUGGUGUUUGGUGGCACUGGAAUUCCAUUUGGUGAGAGCAAUGGGAAUGAUGUCCAUGUUUGUAAUGUUAAAUACAAACGUUGGUCUCUACUCAGUUGUCGUGGAAAGAAACCUAACCGAAUUUACGGACAGGCAAUGGCUAUUAUAAAUGGCUACUUGUAUGUAUUUGGAGGAACAACAGGUUAUAUUUAUAGCACAGAUCUUCACAGAUUAGACCUGAACACACGUGAGUGGAUUCAUCUUAAACCAAACAACCCCCCAGAUGACCUGCCUGAAGAAAGGUACAGACAUGAAAUUACACAUGAUGGACAAAAGAUAUACAUCCUUGGCGGGGGAACAUCGUGGACAUCUUAUCCUUUGGAUAAGAUACAUGCCUACAAUUUAGAAACCAAUUCAUGGGAAGAAAUAACAACUAAGCCACACGACAAAAUAGGAUUUCCUGCAGCAAGGAGAUGUCACAGCUGUGUACAGAUAGGAAGUGAUGUAUUUAUAUGUGGCGGCUACAAUGGAGAAUUGAUACUAGGAGAUCUUUGGAAAAUGAAUUUACAAACAUUCCAGUGGACAAAACUACCUGCAGUCAUGCCGGAGCCUGCCUAUUUUCAUUGUGCAGCUGUAACUCCAGCUGGCUGUAUGUAUGUCCAUGGCGGAGUUGUAAAUAUUCAUGAAAACAGGAGGACUGGCUCUCUGUUUAAGAUCUGGCUGGUAGUACCCAGCUUGUUGGAACUGUGUUGGGAGAAACUUCUGAAGUCCUUUCCCCAGCUUGCACAACUCUCUACAACGCAGCUCAUAAACCUUGGCCUCACACAGGAACUUAUAGAGAGAUUGAAAUAAGUUUUGGGAGUGUCUUCAGGAAUAAGUUAUACAUGUACAGCAAGGACAGACUGUGGGCACCAUAUUGGAAAAAGCUCUUAAAAAUAAUUCCUUUCCAAGCCUUACUAAAUUAAAACAUUGGAGGCCUUUUUUCGUUUGCACUU